UGAACAAGCUAGACUUGUUUUCAUACACCUAAAGGAGAGUACAUCACACAUCUCAUCCAUACGGAUAAUUCAUCCAAUGCUGGCAAAGGAAAUUCUAGUGCAGCUCUCUAAAACUCUGCCACAGAGUGAUAUAGCAAUGGAUCUACUACAGGACAAAGUACUUAUGUCAUAGGUUUGGAAGAGGCGAAUUUCUGAAGUUCAUCCGAAUUCUCUUCAUCAGACGCAUCAAAAAGAGCAGAGGAGAUUCUGAGGACAGUUCAUUCUCUCCUCUAAUUGAGCAUGUCAGCACUGAAACAGGAUGCAUUGAAAAAGCUGUUGAUCUUUUGAAAGCAGCCUACACAUCUUUAGGAAAAGAUGCAAUUGUUGCCCAGCAGCUUGCGCGUCUGCUUUACACAAACACAAGGUUCGAGGAAGCCCUACAUUGGGCUGAAAAGGCUAAAUCAAUCCUGCCGUAUGAUACAUUUGUCCUUGACACAUUAGGACAGGUGUACAAGUGGUGGUUUUAUCACAUGCAUGACACCCUUGACAAACAAGCCUUACCGCCUGAAAAGGUUACUGAAAUUAUAGACACAGCUCUGAAAGGAAUUUCAGCGUUCCGUGCCUCAGAAAAAACACCCAAAAAAGAAAACGUUAGUCUGAACAACUCCUACUAUGGGGAGGUGGAUGUUGGAUGCAGACUGCUUCGACUCAUAUCAGCAGUGGAUGUUUUUUCAACCAAAGAUGGGAAGUCUGAGCUGAUGAAAUACUUGCUAAGUGACUAUAUCCCACAAGCAGUUGAAAAACCCUGGCAAAGGUUCCACGGCCAACUAAAAGGAAUGAAUAAGAGUAUUUACCAUGCUCUGGGGUGCAUUUCUGAAGACCUCAGUUACUUUCAGACAGACAUCAGUGAGGAGGAAGAGGAACUUGACACAAGAGAGCCUGAACAAGUACACAAUCCAAGGAAAUGGGUGACAAGGAAGAGUGCUGUGUAUGCUGGUUUUUUUUGUGACGUCCCAGAUAUCGUCAGCCCAAUGCCUGACUUCAAUAAUGCUGAAAUGGUCACUCACACUGAAAGUUCUGCAUUCACAAGACAAAUGAAAAUGUACCAGCUAGGUGGAGGAAAUCUCACAACCCUAUCCUACCAAUCCUCUCCUUGCUCCUUGACCACAAUGCCAAGAGAUCUGGUAGAAAGC